UAUUUUUUGCUGGAAGAGUUUAACGUUACGUCAAUCUAGGAUUUCAUGUUAUGUCAUUGGUUGUUGCGCUAUCAUCCAUGUUGCUUUUUGACUUAUUUUUACUUUUGGAUUGUGAAUUUGUGUGUGUAUUAAAAACCCGACUAAAAAAAUGAUUUUGUGAGAAUGAAACUGAUUUAUUGAAUGAUUCCACAUCAGACACUGGAUAAUAUUAUUGAUGUUGUGACUUACCAAUUCAAGAAUGGUUCGCAAACGAGAUCACAAUAAAACGAAAGGUCCGUUCUAAAUGAUGAACGUAAUGGAUUUGUCUCCAAUCAUAAAUGAAUUUGACACACCUUUCCUUGUAGACAGUGGCACUGAAAGUUUUACCGAAAGCCCUGUUGCAGAAGAAGAGAGUGAGCAUUCGGAGGAUUCAACAGUCUGUGACAUUGAUUCUUCAUGUAUACAAAAAUGCCCCUUGCAUAUCCUGGACAAAGACGUCUCAGUGGACGAAGAUAUUUUAGCAGUUCCUCUAGAACCCAUACGCACUCAUACCGAGCCAAGUAUUCUAGAACCUAAGGAAGAUGAAACCACCCUACCUUCCAUUUUACGAAGGGAGUCUUCCACUUCAACAACCGUCAGGAAGGUCUCAUUCCCCAAGGAGGAGACGGAAUUAGCCACGUACAGGGAGCCCGAAAACGACUGUCCUUGGACCAUACAUGAGUAUUUGCCCCCUGAAAAAAUCCUACAAAUUUAUCAAGCGUCCUGCAAGCAACAUAAAACGAUAGAAUUGGACAUAAUAAAAAAUCUAAUAAUGGAAAUUAAGAAUAACACAAAUCAUUCAGCAGUAUUGAACUUAUCGAUGAUAAAUAUAACAAAUGAGGUGAAUGAGACGUUGGAGGACCUGUUAAAAGUAUCGAAUUUCCGCACUUUGGUAUUAUACGAAUGUAAAUUCACGUCGGAGACGAUAAGCGAAUUCCUGAACAUGCUUGAAUACUAUGGCUCAGUGUGUGAUAUUGAAGUUGCGAUGAAUUUUGACGAAACGGCGUGGAAAUGUUUCUGUAACGCUUGUACAAAUAUAACUGUAUUAGAGGCCAUUUCUUUCAAAGGCAUGGUCAUUAAUGAAAGUUACAUGCGGAUGUUACUUAACGCCGUUAAGAGUAACACUAGAAUCACAACGUUAAAAUUUGACGCUUGUAUGUUGAUCAAGUUACCGUCGUUUUACUUGGUUGAAAGUUUAAUGACAAACACGACUCUGUGUGAAUUAUAUCUACCUUCGACCGGACUUUAUACAAAAGAAGCUGAUUGUUUGGGGCGUUUUCUUCAAAAAAAUUUCACACUUAAAGUACUAGACAUAAGUAACAAUUUUAUCGGUGACCGGGGGUUGGAAGUACUAGCUAAAGGUCUCACGAAACAGACAACGGCAGGUUGUGGCCUCUCUGUUUUACUUGUUUUCAAUAAUCAAAUCACGGAGAAAAGCGGAACGGUUAUUAGUAGUAUAAUUUCCGAGUGUAAAAAUUUGCACACACUUAAUAUCGGUUAUAACCACUUGACCGAUGCUGUCAUUUCCGAUAUAGCCCCCAGUUUGGAGGUGACGACGUCACUGGAGGGGCUAGGACUCCAAUGCACGCUCCUGACGUGUAAAGGAAUCGACUACUUGGCGAAUGCUAUCGAAAAUAAUAACUCGUUACAAAAAAUUAAUUUGAAGGGGAAUAAAGCGAUUCAAGUCCCCGGGUUAGAACGCCUGUGUCAGGCUUUAACAUCGUCGAAAAUUUCCAAAAUCGAAAUCGAUGAAACCAACCGUUCGUCUCAUGACCCUCAAGCUUACGUCCAACUAGUGAAAAAAAUCAACGCCAUUUGCACCGUAAAUAAGAAUUUUAAAGAGUCAAGUAGUGACGAAAUCGCCACUAUUUCGCAGCUAGUUUCGCGGAAGGUCUCCCUGAGUUGUGAGCCCCGCUAUGUGGUUCCCGAGCCGACGGCGGGGACGACGCCGGUGUCGGUUGAGUCGCCGAUCCUGUCGCCUAUGCCGUCGUCGCGCCCCCCUAAAAACCGGUUUCAAAUAACCAAAGUACAAGACCCCAACACACGUCCCAUGUCGAGGUUUAAAGUAACGAGAGUUAUCUCGUCGCCGGAUGAAGACUUGGCCAUUGGUAAAUUCGCAAAUGUGAGGAGUAGUGUGUCUUCAAAUGACAGCGUCGACUCUCUUCAACUUGACGUUGAUAGUGAUAGAGAUUAGUUAGGCAGAUUUUUGUAUUAGUUCUGUGAUAAGAAUUUUAUACAUAAGUUAGUUGUUCAAAUUUUAUUGAUUACUGCCUUAUGAAGCGAAAAUUAUAGUUCAAAUGUAUUUUCUUGCAGCAGUUUAGUUUUCUUAGCCGUGAUAUUUUUGCAGGGUUUGAAGGAAGGGCCCAAAGUUCACCCCUCCAAUGUAUAGGAUAGUGUUUUUCUGGGGUUUUAAAUGUGCAGUUUUUACGUACUUCCAAAAUUCAUCACAAUCCCAGAAAAAAAAAAAAAAAAAAAAAAAAACUUAAGUUAGUUACGCAGCUAUGACUUAUUGUACGUACCAUAAAUGCAAAAUCCCUAAUUUUAACGUGCAUACCUUCCCAUUUGUUCUUAAUUCAUGCACGGAUUCCAGUCAACAUUACAUCCCUAUUUUGUUCAAAACUGUUACAGUGAUAAAGGGUUAGACGAUCCAAGACUUAUAAGUGUUUUAUGUGCAAUUUUCGUACCUGGCGGUGCAAAUAAAUUUAUUUAUUGUAACACGGAGUUAGUUUUAGCAACCGUACAAACCUCAUUUCUUUGUUGUAUUGUUUUGGGCAUGCUGGAGCAUGUUUUUUGGUUAUACGUUUUUUAAUUAGCUUUAAAUGAGAAGUAAGGCCGACAGAAACAAUGUUCGAUGUACAUACCAGUCGAAUAAUUUGUUUUGGGACUUGUUUCUGAGUCUUACAGAGUACUCAAUGUGUUUAAAUAGGGAAUAGUAAUUUAACCAGUUGUAAAAUAAAUAUAUUUUUUAUAUGAACGUUGUUAGUAACUUGGGAUACGAUAAUUAGAAAUAGCAAAUUUUGGUACAAACUGUAGAAAGUCAAAGUUUUAUUGCAAACAUCUGUUGUUUAAAGCAUGCACUAUGCAUUUCAUUACUAUAGUUUAUAUUUAUGUGUAUGUGAUAAAUGCAUGUGAUAAAUAAAAUAUCUUAAAGAGUAUUUUAACAAAUAACCAAUAUUGUAGAGAAACUUGUAAUUAAUUAUUUAUAAUAAAUUGAACGUUUAUUGAACCGUGUCAUA